AUGAUCUUCAAUCCGAUCAAGAGUUUCGUCUGUUUCUUCUUGCCAGCUAUACACGGCUUAUAUUUUCAUAUUGGAGAAACUCAAAAAAAAUGUUUCAUCGAAGACAUACCUGAUGAUACGUUAGUUGUAGGUAAAUACAAAGUGGAAAUCUUCGAUGCCAACAUAAGUCGCUUUGUACCUUCAUUACCUGGUCUUGGGAUGCAUGUGGAAGUCAAAGAUGUUGAAGACAAAACCAUGCUUUCAAGGACCUAUGCGUCAGAGGGUAGAUUUUCAUUCACAUCCCACAUGGCAGGGGAGCAUCUCAUAUGUUUGCAUGCAAACACUUCAGCUUGGUUCGGUGGUCAUCAGCUUAGAAUUCAUUUGAGCAUUCAAGUUGGAGAAAGAGCUAACGAUUACCAAGAAAUUGCUUCAAAAGAUAAAUUAACAGAACUUCAAUUAAGAGUUCGACAAUUGCUUGACCAAAUAGAAAUGAUAUCAAAAGAACAAAAUUAUCAACGAUUCAGAGAGGAACGGUUCAGAGAAACUAGCGAAAGUACUAAUCAAAGAGUAUUUUGGUGGGCAGUGGCACAGUUAUCCAUUCUUGUGGUCACUGGAUUUUGGCAAAUGAAACAUCUUAAAGGAUUUUUUGAAGCUAAAAAAUUGGUUUAA